AUGGCUAGUCAAAACUCCGAUUUGCGUCGUACUACCAUGGUUGGCGACUGCGACCAACAAAUUAUGAGUUACAAUGUUCAUGGUGCUGUUUUUCACGCAGAAAAUAAUCCCUCCACUUCGUUUAAUGAGGAGAUAUUUGAUGCUUGUCGCAAUGGGGAUGUAGCUCUUGUAAAAUGUCUACUGGAAAACGGAGUGGAUGUUAACCUCAAUGAUACUUCAGGUCGAAAGUCAACGCCGCUACAUUUUGCCGCUGGGUAUGGCCGUCGAGACGUUGUUAGUCUUCUAUUAGAUCACAACGCAGAUGUUUCUGCUAGAGACGAAGGAGGCUUGAUCCCCUUGCACAAUGCAUGCUCCUUCGGACACGUUGAUGUGGUGCACUUAUUACUGUCAGCAGGCUCUGACCCAAAUGCCGAAGAUUGCUGGAACUACACACCUCUACAUGAAGCUGCAAUAAAAGGAAAAGUAGAAGUGUGCAUUUUGUUGCUUCAGGCAAAAGCCAAUCCUCAUGCUCGAAAUUUGGAUGGGAAAACUCCUGUUGAUUUGGCUGAGGGUUCGGCCCGUUUAGCUCUUGUUGGUGAGUAUAAGAAAGAUGAACUACUAGAAGCCGCUCGAAGUGGGAACGAAGAAAAGCUUUUGAGUCUUUUGACCCCGCAAAAUGUAAACUGUCAUGCUGGAGAUGGUCGCAAAUCUACACCAUUACACUUAGCUGCUGGUUAUAACCGUACGAAAAUUGUGAAGAUUUUGUUGAAGAAUGGAGCUGAUGUUAUCGCAAAGGAUAAAGGUGGUCUUAUUCCUUUGCAUAAUGCUUGUUCCUAUGGGCAUUUGGAUGUUUGUGAAUUGUUAAUUGGUGCUGGUUGUGGUUCAGCUCAAGUACAUGCUUCUGAUUUAUGGCAGUAUACACCAUUACACGAAGCAGCCAGUAAAGCACGUGCAGAAGUAUGUUUCUUACUUUUGGCAUAUGGUGCAAAUCCAACCCAAUUAAAUUGCCAUGGGAAAUCUGCAUUAGAUUUAGUGCCAAAUAAUGAUCUAAGACAGAGAUUGCUUUUUGAAUAUCGAGGGUAUCUUUUUCUUGAAGCCUGUCAAAAUGUAGACCUCCAUCAAAUACGAAGAUUGCUCUCCUUACCCACUAACACCAUAUCAAGCAAUUCAUACCCAACCGCACCACCACUAUCAGUUAAUUUCAGUGUUCCUUCUAAGGCUUGUUCUUCCAACCAUGACGGGAAGUGCAUGAAUCAUAAAAAUUGUACUGUCUCUCCAGUAUCGUUCCCUAGUCACCACCAAGAAUCUAUUCUACCUAUGCCUAUUCAAAUCAAUCAGGAUCUCCUUCAUUUCCGACACCCGUUUGUCGGUAAUACUGCUCUCCAUUCUGCAUGUUGUGCAACUAACUCAGGAGAGCUAACUGCCACAAAAACAUUUCGCCUUGGUUCGGGUUGUUAUCCUGGAUUUAAUCCUUCAGAAAAUAAGCAGUUUGUGUCCCAUAUGCAGCACACUAAGGACCUGUCGGUUAACUCAGUCAAUCGUAAUAUUUCACCAGUCUUGGGUAGACAGCUGAUUGAAUGGCUUAUCGAUCAAGGUAUCGCGGUCUCAGAUUGCAAUGUUGAAGGUCAAACUCCUCUACACUUAGCUGCUCGUUAUGGAUACCUUGAGGCAACUGCAUGUUUAUUACGACGUGGUGCCGAACCAAACGUUGCUGACUGGCACGGUUUUACACCUCUACACCUGGCUGCUAAGUAUGGACAUUCUCAUAUCAUACAGCUCUUGGUCCAAGGAUUUGGCGCAGACUUAAGUUGUACUACUAUACCAGGAGGCCAUACUGCUGCCUCUUUGGCUCCUACUGAGUGUGUUAGGCGUCUUAUAGCAGAGUUAAGUCUCAGUCCAGCAAAUAAUUCUCUGAGUUCUACACAAAAAUCACCCACUGAAAAACUUGUCACUGAUUCGUCGGUUUAUAUGUCUCCAGUUCCAGAAGCAGAUAAAACCCAAAGUACGAGUACUUGUAGUGAACAACAAAUUAUCCCAUUCUUGGUUUGUCCUGGACCUCAUUCAAAGGACAAUUCGAUUAUGUUUUGUGAUCCUAAAUACUGUCAGACACCUACUACCAACAAUGCGAGCAAUAGCAUCGUUUCGUCUACUAAUCGUAGCAUCACUGCUACUCUUCCAACUUCAAGUACUGAUUAUGCCUCCUCUCAUGGAAAUCAUAGCUGGGCAGAUAUGGUACUACAAUUGUUGGAAGCAGCUAAAUCUGGUGAUGUAGAAAUGGUCCGUCGUCUUAUUACGACACAUCAUUAUUCUGUUUGUCCGGAUGGUGCUGCAAACGAAUUAUGUAGUGAAUCGUCAGAAUCAUGUAAUGUUACUGCUCCUCUGGAUUUAAUCAACUGUCGUGAUAUUGACGGUCGACACUCAACACCACUUCAUUUCGCUGCUGGAUAUAACAGAUUAGCUAUAGUAGAAUUACUGUUACAAUACAAAGCUGAUGUUCAUGCUAAAGACAAAGGUGGUCUAGUACCGCUACAUAAUGCUUGUUCUUAUGGUCAUGCUAAAGUUGCUGAACUCCUCAUUCAACAUGGAGCCAAUGUUAACGUUACUGACUUGUGGCGUUUCACCCCUCUACACGAGGCUGCAGCCAAGGGAAAAUUCGAAAUUUGUCGAUUGUUACUGAAAUACGGCGCUGAUCCGUCGAAAAAGAAUCGUGAUGGUCAUACUCCCAUAGAUCUCGUUAAGGAUACGGACAGUGAUGUUUACGAUCUACUACGUGGAGAUAUUGCUGUUUUAGAAGCAGCUAAGAAAGGCAAUUUGACUAAAAUUAAGCGCUUAGUAACUUCAGAAAAUAUCAAUUGUCGUGAUACUCAAGGAAGAAAUUCAACACCGCUUCAUUUAGCAGCGGGCUACAAUAAUAUUGAAACAUUAGAAUUCUUAUUGGAAUCAGGAGCCGACGUCAACGCUAAAGAUAAAGGCGGUCUAAUCCCGUUACAUAAUGCUAGUUCAUAUGGUCAUGUUGAUGUAGCUGCGCUCCUUAUUCGCUAUGGAACUUCAGUAAAUGCUGUAGACAAAUGGGGUUAUACACCGUUGCAUGAAGCUGCUCAAAAAGGACGAACUCAGUUAUGUGCCCUGUUGUUAGCUCAUGGAGCGGAUCCUAAAAUAAGAAAUCAAGAGAAUCAAACACCUUUUGAUCUAGCAUCAGCUGAUGACGUUAAAUCUUUGCUGUUGGAUGUAAUGCUUCAUACGACUGCAUGCAUUACAACAGUCUCAAAGGAAAAUAUUCUUUCAUCUUCGUUUAAUCCUCCAACUAUCUUAAGUAAUAUACCUAAAUCUAACUUGGACAUAGCUGUGCCUCAACAAACAUCUUUCAGUAAUUUGUUAUCAUCUAUGUCAAUCGGUCCACGGAUUGAAUGCCAAGGUCGCGAGUCUAAUCUAGCGGGAUCAAUUGUUCCAUCUACGAAUAUUUCAAAUCCAGUCUGUUCAUCGAAUAUGAAUUCGGUUAAGUCGAAUAACUCAAGCUGUUCCGAUAAUAAUAAAAUAACUACAGCCAAUUUUCUUAUAUCUCUCGGUUUGGGUCAAUUGGUAGAAUUAUUUGAAAAAGAACUGGUAACAAUGGAUAUACUUCUUGAAAUGGGUCACGAAGAGCUAAAAGAACUUGGUGUAACUGUGUAUGGACAUCGCCAUAAAAUUAUCAAAGGUGUACAAAAAUGGCGAUCUAAUUGUAUAGCACAACAGUCUGCUUUAAAUCCCUGUAACGAUACUUGCAAAUCUUCCGUACCCUCCUCAAGCACCGUACACUCUUCUCCUGGUCUGCACCCUGCAAGUUCAGUGACAACACAUUUUCAUGGUGUCGGUGUGGCUGAAGUCACUCCAACUGGUCCCGCGUAUUUCCCUGCAGCAGCAGUUAAAAAUACUGUGAUGAUAGAAAUUGAUUGUACGGAUCCAGAAUUCCUAGCUGUUGAGGAACAAAUUCAAAGCACAAUAAGAGAACAUAAAGAUAAUUGUGGAGGGAUUUAUAAACGAUAUCGUAUACUGAAGGUUGCUAGAAUUAGAAAUAAGCGUCUAUGGGAUCGUUAUUUACACCGGUGUGCCGAAAUCGCUGAAGAUAAUUCUGGACAUUAUAACGAAAGACUUCUAUUUCAUGGAUCGCCAUUUUUACAGUCUAUCGUUAUGAAAGGGUUUGAUGAACGUUAUGCAUACAUUGGCGGAAUGUUUGGAGCUGGUAUAUAUUUUGCAGAAAACUCAUCUAAAUCCAAUCAGUACGUUUAUGGUAUUGGUGGAGGAGCCGGUUGUCCGGCCCACAAAUCUCGUUCAUGUUAUAUUUGUCCACGCCAACUGUUAUUAUGUCGCGUUGCUUUAGGUCGGUCGUUCAUUCAGUUCAAUGCAAUGAAAGUAGCUCAUGCACCCCCGGGUCACCAUUCAAUUGUUGGUCGGCCAAGCGCAGGCGGACUCAAUUUCUCUGAGUAUGUCAUAUACCGAGGUGAACAAGCCUAUCCUGAAUACCUCAUUACUUAUUUACUAGUCCCACCUGAUCCAAAUGAUAACGAAAAUGUGACGGAUCAAAACCUGCCAAAUCCUCUUGCUGACAAUACAACAGUUGGCCUCCCACCACCCACUAGUAGCAACGGUAUCACUAGUACAUCAUCUGAAAUCGGUGUAGUAGUAAACUCAACACCAUUUUAUGCUGUGCCUUCAAGUCAAAAAAAUAUUGUAACGAGUGCCUGUGAUUCAUCUACUGUACAAACGCCUAUUCAGUCUCUGAAACUGCCUGUUACAACUACCACUACUUCUGGUUCUCCGAUUACAAGUAUAGCGUCAGUUGACAGACAGCUGUCAGAUCCUGCUUCUUCUAUUGCAUCUACGACCCUGAUAUCCUCUGCUCCAGGAGGUCCAAGUUGCCAUUUAAUUCCUUAAAAAUGUAAUAUAUCUUUGCACACUAUGCUUUCACGUUAUUUUGUAUUUUGCAUCUUAUAGUAGAGUCUUCUUGACUUAGACUACACUUAAUUUAUAGUUUACUUUAUUUAUCGCUAGAUUUAAAUAAUUAUUCUUCGCCUUUUCCCUCUUUUCACUCAAGUGAGCUAAAUUGCUUAAAUCCCUUAUAUUUUUCUCAAAUGUUUACUCAGUUGCUCUGUUUUGCAUAAGUGAUCUGAAACCUAUAGUUUCUGUACAAAGUACCUAAUUUGUUUAAUAUUUGACAUAUAUGACUUUGUAAAUUUGCAUGAAAUUAAAAAAGUUACUCUAGUAAUAAAAAAAAUCACAAAUGUGAUUCAAUUAUUUACAGUAAAAUGUUUAUCAUGCUUUCGUGAUAGAAAUUUGUUUCCCAAUGAUCACCUGAAAAUCUGUCAUCAUAAACUAAUAAAAUUGCAC